AUGGAUCCUAGAAUGCCAAACUAUCCCUACGGAAGCAGUCAAGACAAUGGUCAUGGUAAUAUACCUCCGCAGAGUCUUUACCCCACGCCGGCGACUGGGCAAGACCCUUAUGGACAAGCUUGGCAACAACAAGGGCAACAACAGUGGAAUCAUUAUCCAGAGUGGACAUUUGAAGAUUAUAGCAACCCAGCCUCUGCUCCCGUAUAUCCCCAAGCCAUGCAGGGGUACCCUGUCCCAAUGGAUGCUCAGUACCAACAUUUUGAUCCAUCUGCAAUGCAACAGCAGACCACAGCUGGUUAUCAAAUGCCAAGUGAUCCCUUGGUAUACAAUCCAGCCAUGAAUCCGCAGCAAAGUGCCCACUGGUCUCAGAGCUCUCAGCCUUCUCAGACUAUUCAGCCACAAGUGCCAUUAUAUCCUAAUCAAACAGCUCCAAGAACCGUCCCAGUUCCUCAGAGAGAGCUUCUGACGACAAUCAAGCCGAAAGGAGGUGGCAAUGUUCUCACUGCCCAGCAAAAUUCAAUAGGAAGCGAGACACAACUCGACAUAUUCGAUCAGUUCAUACAGGGGAGUCUCCGUGGUUUUGUAGUGGUUGUAGAAAUGGUUUCGUUCGUAGUGACGCUCGUCUCGCACACUGGAGGCGUGAACCCCAUUGCCAUGCCUUACAUCAACAAUUUGGAGAUGGAGAAGACUAGAAAAGAGCCGAUCUGGGGACUCUAUAAUACCCAAUAUGGCGUAAAGACUACUCUA